GCGGAUGUUCAUUUCUAUCAGGAUGUAUUAUUUGUGAUUUACAUAACUGCAUUUUUGUACAUGGUAAAAACAUCUAUAUUUUCUGCAUCAGACAGAAAAUGUAAAAUAAUUUGACAAAUUUGUAAAAAUAAGAUGCGAUAAAAUUAAAUGCGAGUCUAAAUUACUACUUAAUAUAUGCUGAAAGGAAUUAUCAUACAAUAUUUAAACUUGAGUGGCUCAUACUCCCACUCAGCUACUUGUCAUAACAUACCUUAUUUGUCAGGGCAGGAAAACAGACAAAAAGUAAUACAAGGGAAACUAAAAACAAAACAUUUGGAAACUACAAUCGAUAUCUGAAUUCAGAAUAAACUAUACUGUAAUGGAUGGAAUACAGGCUGGUAAGAAAGCGGCUGCUGUUGAGGCUGUCAAUAACCAUAUUUCGGACAAUCAGGUGAUUGGUAUAGGAAGUGGAACAACAGUGGUCAGCGCUGUAGAGAGAAUAGCUCAGAGGGUGAAAGACGAAAAUCUGAAACUUGUUUGUAUACCUACCUCAUUUCAGGCAAAACAGUUGAUUGUUGACAAUAAUUUGGUUCUUGGAACUUUGGAACAGUAUCCUCAGUUGGAUGUAGCUAUAGAUGGGGCAGAUGAGGUAGAUAAAAACUUGGUGUGUAUUAAGGGUGGAGGAGGAUGUCUGACACAGGAAAAGAUAGUUGCUAACUGUGCCAAGACUUUAAUCAUUAUAGCAGACUCUAGGAAAAAUGUUGAAAUGCUGGGAACAAACUGGAAGCAAGGCAUUCCAUUAGAGGUUGUAGAUAUAGCAUACAGACCAGUACAGCUGCAGGUUACUCAACUACUUGGUGGGUCGGCAGAACUUAGAAUGGGAAAAAGUAAAAUGGGACCAUGUGUGACAGACAAUGGAAACUUUAUUAUAGACUGGGUGUUUGACAAAAAUGGAAACUGGCAUGAAAUAAACACAAAGUUGAAAAUGAUACCAGGUGUGGUUGAGACAGGUCUGUUUGUGAACAUGGCAAAGAAAGCUUACUUUGGCCAGCCAGAUGGAUCAGUAUUGGCAAGAGAGGCAAAACAGUGACUGCAGACAUCUGGUCUGUCUGCCAGUGAUAUGUCAUGAUGUAAAAACAAAAAUGUGUUCAUAUUUACAGAUAAAAAAUUGUUUUGCAAGGAAUGCAUACAUUAUUGUCAUAACAAUUUUGUUCUUUUCUGGAUACUUACACUUUCUUGUGCAGGAUUUCUUUGGCUGUAUGUGUAUUAUUUUCUCCACCUUUACACUGUAUUAUAACAGUAUUGCUUGAUACAUUACUAUUGCACUACAUACAAUCUUAAGUAUUUUUAAAUCCAGGUUACCAUAAACUGCUUUCCAUUUAAGUGGGUACUAGGUGUUGGUUCAACUGACAGUUCAUCAGUUCAUUAUUUUAUGUAGUUUUGAAUGCAGUAUCAAACCAUGCUAAUAUCAUUCAAUCUUGUCAACACUGGGGCCUCACUUUCUAGUAUUGCCAACAGUUGGGCCUCUCAAGAAAGCUUGAUUUUUGCCAUGUUUAGUUGAAACUUUGUCAAAAUUUGUGUUUCAGAGACAGCUAAUUUCUCAGGUAAUCUAGAAUUAGACAGAGUAUAAGCUUGGGUUUUAUACGAAAAGUCUUGUUUUAUAAUCUUUCUUUUCAAGAUAUCCUUUCUUAUUACAAGUAGCACAUUAGAGUUUAAAAGGUUAUAAAUUCUGGAUAUCAUCCACCAAGACAAUGCAAUAAGCAGUAAGACAGCUGGAAUGUAAAUAUGAAUGUUUUAUUUUUAUGAAUCUCGGUUUGUUAUUUAAUUAAAAUUAUAUAAUAUGUAAUAUUUUUUGCUAAAUUUAGAGAAUAGAAAUAAUGUAUGUAAUAAACGGAUAGUCGAUGUAUGUUAUGAACAGAAAGGUAAAA